AUGUCAGGUAACAAGAUGAUGCAAUACACUACGAAAAGCGGCAAAGUAAGAGUUCGCACGAUGCCGAACAGUAAUGAGAAGAGUGAUUUGUAUAACGUUCUCAAAAAUGCCGUCAACGUGUACACCCCCAUUGUCAAAGGACUCCUCCAACCCCAACUUGUCGCUGAACGCCCAGCUGGCGAUCUGGAGAGAGUUUUAGAUUUUCGAAAACAGCAAAAGACCAGAUUCAAAAUCGAUAAGACCCAAGGAGUCAUGGUCAAGGAAGAUAUUGGAAAGGGCGAGUGGAUUUUAGAGAUUACGGGGAGAAAACUCCCACUACCUCUACAAAGACAUCAAAUUGGGAGCAGGAAACGAGCCGAUCUGCAUGGCAGUGUGGAAACAGGAGACCGUCGGAAGAUACAUCCGACGGUCCUGCCAGCCGUCCUGCAAGCUCGUCCAUUUCUAUGGAACAGAGCUUCAUCUGAUGGUCGUAGCUAUGAGACCAAUGAAGAGUGGCGAUGA